AUGCUGCCGCUGGGCCUGAGUGCCCUCGUAGCCGUACUAAGCAGCGACGACCUCGAUGGCUUACUCGAUGCCCGUGAACUACCGUCUCUGGCACGGAUCCUCCAAUCCUUCUCGCCACUCCCAAAGAUCACAACGCGAACGACGGCACUUGUACCAAUCGAGCACCCCGAGUUUGCUCUACGCUUUGCACCCUUACCUGCACUCGAAGCGUACGCGCGGGAGCAGCCAGAGGCGCGUGCAGGUCGGUUCGUCGACUGGGUUGCUGCGCGCAUAGCAAGAAACUCUGCUGCGUGGAUCGAGGAAUACGAGCGUGGCGCUGGCCCCGAUGGUGAGGGUGUAGUGCCGCCGCCGUGGUGGGACGAGCUUGCGGCGUGUGUGGAGGGAGAGAGGGCGCCUGAGAGGUCGGAGGGUUGGAAUCAUCCCGUCGCCGUCGUACUUGCUGUCUCUACACAUGCGGCGAACCCCCUUCAAGCACUGUCCCAAUUGCACGCUCGACCGCCAGAGUUGCCUACUUGGGUGGAUACUACUCAUCUGCGGUACACCCUGAUAGUGCACACGAGCGAUUCGCCCUUAUCCGAUGACGAGGCGAACGCAUUGUACAACGCCGCCAAAAAGCAAUACGGCUUGCACACUUAUCUUCUCACUCUCGUUCUGCCGACCGACCCGCCGCCACCACCCGUGGCCGUGCCACCAAUACCUCCGAGUCUACCACCACCUCCUCAGAAUGAUGCGACACCAGAUCCGGCAGCUGGUGAAGACGUUCCUGGGCUUAUGGACGGCCAGAUGCGCAUGGACGAGCGCGAUAUUGCGCAAACGGCCAAAUUUGUCCGGGAGUUUGUUACCAUGAGUAUGGUACCGUGGAUGGAGAAGUGUGUGCUGGACUGGAAUGAGAAUUUCUCUUCCACCCGGCGCCUACCAUCGCGCCUCUUCUCAUCAACAAGGCGCUUAUUCGGCUCCGGCCCCGCAUCACCCGUUUCCACCACACCAAUAUCUCCCGUCGCCCGCACUCACACCUCCUCGACUUCAAUAUCUUCCUCAACAUGGGCACCCCCGCAACUGCCUACGACCUUUCCUCAACAACGACGCCUCGCAGAAUUCGCGACCAUCCUCGGUGAUCUCAAGACCGCAAUACCUGUAUGGGACGCAGUACGAAAGGAUGCCAAAGGCGGAUCAGACGUCUUGCCGCUUCUCCUCGCGCCCGGCCCUGCGAGUGCCGCUCACGCGCAGCAUGCGCUCACUACGCUCGCUGCGCCCGGGACCGAGUUGACCGCUGCCGGUCAAGUCCGCGGACUCGCAUACGCCGUACGAUGGACGCUUGGACUCUCGCCGCAGGACUUCCUCAGCGAUUCGCUGGACGGCGAGCGCUGGCUCGUAUGGGCAGCCUCUCGCGCCGAGGAGCCUCCAACAGCUCUUUUGCUCGCUCACGCAGGCUGGUGUGCUGCCAAACGAGGCGCGUUACGCAGAGCAGCGCUAUGGUACCUUGCUGCAGCCGGUCGACUCGAGAAGAGUGGGAUCAAGCCCUUGACGCUCCACUUCCUCCGGCGUGCGCACGCUCUGUACAUCGCUGCAGGAUCCCGCGAGAAACAGCUGAGCCCUGCGUUUUGGGACGCACAUGGAGUGGAACAGAACCUGAUACAAGGGUUCGACGCGGUGCUGCCUGGUAUAGAGUAUGCGCUCGGAAGGCUAUACUAUACCACUGGCGAUGUGUCACGAGCGGUCAGAUUCUUCCUGAACUUAUUGAGGGCCAGUGCAGCUACACAGGGCGUGGCUGGAGAAGGGGAGGGCGAAAGCAGUGCGAGAGGCGCCAUGGAUAAGGAAGCGCUCGCCGAUUUCCGUACGGCGUUCCAGCAUCUGCAGGGCAUGCCCAGUGACAAGAGCACGCCACCCGACUUGACACUUCCAGUCACAUUCAUCGAAGCCCGCCACACCCGUGUCCGUCUCCCCGGAGACGGCGGUGGAGGCAGUUCAGAACUCUGGGACACCCGUGCCGACUCGUGGAGGUCUUAUUGGAAGAGCAACAGCGGUGGGACUCCGGGUGCACUAGCACCAACGGGCGGCGCAGCAGCAGGCGAAGUCUUCUGGGUGGACCUAUCCAUACGAAACCCUCUGAGUGUUGAGAUCGCGUUGAGCGAUUUGACCAUUGAGCUUGGGAGUACGGGUGAUGGACCGACGCUGGGAGCUGAUGAGGUUGAGGUGGAGAAUGUCGGAGAGCUCGUGUUGGGUGCAGGAGAGAGUAUCGCCAUACCGCUGGCCGUACGGGCGCGACAACCCGGGACGCUGUAUGUCCUCGCAGCAAAAUACACGUUCAUGGGCCUCCUACCAGCACGAGAAAGCCUCGCGGCGCGUGGAAGGAGGUUGCAGGAUACGCCCGCUCAGAGGCAGGGGAAGGUGUAUGCGCCAGAUACCAGACCUCGUGCGGAGGUACGCGCUGGCGCAGUCAGAAUGUCGGCGACAUUCGUGGAGGAUGCUAGAAUGGUUCUGGCGAGAGGAGAAUGCAAGCGGAUGAGGGUGUUCUUGAGGAACGUGGGAAAGGAGAGAAUCAAGGACGUAUGGGUUGUGAAGGGCGAUGAGGACGUGUAUGUCGUGGAUCAGCGUAUGACCGUUGAUGGGGCUGAAGAGGGUGUGGAGGGUGUUGAGAGAGAGGAAGUGCUGAGAGAGCCGAACUUCCUGGGGGCGGAUCUGGUACAGAAGCUGGAUGGUAUCGAGCUGGAGCCCGGAGACAGCGGAGAGUUCUGGCUCACGUUGCAUGCGGAGGAGGUUGGCGAGAAAGAGCUAUGUCUGCUCUUCGUUUUUAGAUCGGAGGAAGGCGGCACACUCUACUCAACACGAGUGACGCGGCCAUACGAGGUCGAGUCCUUGCUAGAGCUCACUCUCCAGCAUCGACCAAGUCAUCAUACAGACCAUGCUUUCUUACUCGACCUCGCUGUGCGCAACGUCUCAAGCACAACGUCGGUGGAGCUCGUACAGACGUCGACUGUCAGCCCCGCGUGGCCAUGCUCGGCUCUGACACCCUCGCCCAGCGCUGAACUGCAUCCAAACCAAGUCGUAUGGACGGCGUUCGGUGUCCUGUCAAGCAUUCGGGGCGCGAACGAAGAAGUGACCGCCUUCGUUCAGGAGAAGCUCACUGCUGUGGUAUUCGGGAAAGAGGUUCCCCUGACCGCACCACCGGCACUUAAUUUGCUCUGCAGUCACACGUCCUCCUCGCCCGCAUCGUCUUUCUCCGACUCUAGUACUGCUGCUUUGCUCCGACAAUCCCGCCGCCUCUCUGCCGCGCGCACCGCAUCCUCUAUUCACCCGCAUAUCCCGCCCCACCUCCACCCGUACAUCUUUCCAUUAUACCAUCCUCUCGCACUCGAUGCUGUACUUCACUGGCGAAUCUCCACCCCAGGCUCGGAACCGCGUACCGGAUUUCUCCGCGCAUCGACGAUCCUCGGCGCAUCGCACGGGGCGCUCGACGCUAUCUUGACUCGCGCAGAGAACGCAAAGGUCGCGAUGAGCAUGUACGCCGAGACGACACGUGAACGUGCGGCAAUUGCAGACGCUAUACGGACUUGCGAGUGGAAUGCCGAGAUGUGCCCAAUCCUGGCCGACGUGAGCGCUGAGGCGCAAAUGGAGGAAACAGCUGGGCCAGUACGGGGUGUUAGGUUUGCGUUGCGCAACUUCUCGCCCACCAAGGCAGCGAAGUAUGUACUGAGGCUCGCGCCGCACAGCGCAGGAUCACAUUUCCCGCGCGCUGCUGGUGAAAAUGCGCCCCCCAACUGGGUCGGGCGUCUCGUGCAUCGCGGCGAGCUCGAGCCGUUACAGAUCACGAGCGUGCUCACCCGCUUGCAUACUCCGCGCGCAGACGUAUAUGCUCUCAGCGGUUGGGCCCUCGAGCAGGAUAAGGCCUUUUACGAUCCCAUUUAUAUAUUUGCGCAAUCGUCGCACGCGACAAGACCCAUGUCCUUCAACCAGCAGUACCUUUCUAUGCCACCACCACCGCCGCCAAAUGCAAUGCCCAUGAACAUGAACAUGCCCCAAUUGAUGAACUGGAAUCACUUUGUCCGCACGACCGACUUUAUCCGAUGGGCACACAGCACUUGGAGUCAGUUUCCUCAACAGAUGCGACCAGGGAUGCAACCUGGUGAUGACGAAAUACUAGUCCAUCACCUGCACGAGGGCACUAUGCAGGGCAAAUCAUAUCUGCAGAUAUUGAACGAGAUGCAUAUGGUGCGGCGGUACUCAGUCCUGGAUUGGAAAGACUAUUACCUGGACCAUGUCCGGAGGAUAGAUGGGCUAGUCUUAAUGUAUGCUCAGCAGCGACAGUCACAGUCGAGGCCCCAAGCUGGUUCACCAAGACGGACUGCCAGUACAUGA